CUCUUCCCUUCUCUUACUGUCUUCAUGGCGCACAUAUACACCCCUCUUAUGCUGGAUCACCGUCACGGCUAUCCUUUAUGGUUCCCUAGUCCGGGUUUAAACCUUCCCGUCUCUUAUCAAGAAAAAGGAACUCGAGUGGGCGAUCUUGGCUAUAUAAGAGCUCAGGUUGUCUGCACUUGAUAUCAUUGGUGUCUUGGAUUCUAGAUUAUAAAUCGUUACGCCAACAAUACAGGUCUAUGAGUUUCUGCUUUGUCGAUGUGUCCAAAAAAUAUACGAG